GCUCAGUGCCGGUGCUCCCGCCGUCCCCGGUACUCCGCCGCCGCCCCCGGUGCUGCUCCCUUCGCCGUCCAGCGCCCCGCCGCCGCCCCGCCGCCACCAUGGAGGCCAUCAAGAAGAAGAAGCAGAUGCUGAAACUGGACAAGGAGAACGCCAUCGACCGCGCCGAGCAGGCGGAGGCAGACAAGAAGCAGGCGGAGGACCGCUGCAAGCAGCUGGAGGAAGAGCAGCAGGGCCUGCAGAAGAAGCUGAAGGGCACAGAGGAUGAGGUGGAGAAGUACUCCGAGGCCGUCAAGGAGGCCCAGGAGAAGCUGGAGCAGGCGGAGAAGAAAGCUACAGAUGCUGAGGCUGAAGUGGCUUCUCUGAACCGCCGUAUCCAGCUGGUGGAGGAGGAGCUGGACCGAGCCCAGGAGCGCCUGGCCACCGCCCUGCAGAAGCUGGAGGAGGCUGAGAAGGCGGCUGAUGAGAGCGAGAGAGGCAUGAAGGUCAUCGAAAACAGGGCCAUGAAAGAUGAGGAGAAGAUGGAGCUCCAGGAAAUGCAGCUGAAGGAGGCAAAACACAUAGCUGAGGAGGCUGACCGCAAAUACGAGGAGGUCGCCCGCAAGCUGGUUGUCCUUGAGGGAGAGCUGGAGCGUUCAGAGGAGAGGGCAGAGGUGGCAGAGAGUAAAUGUGGUGACCUAGAGGAGGAGCUGAAAAUUGUCACCAACAACUUGAAGUCCCUGGAGGCCCAGGCUGACAAGUAUUCCUCCAAGGAGGACAAGUAUGAGGAGGAAAUCAAGUAUCUAGGGGAAAAGCUGAAGGAGGCUGAGACCCGUGCCGAGUUUGCAGAGAGGUCUGUGGCGAAGCUGGAGAAAACCAUUGAUGAUCUAGAAGAGCGUUCACAGCGGGAGGCCGAGAAAAACCGUGUUCUCACUAACGAGCUGCGGGUCAUCCUUACUGAACUUAACAACUGAGCUGCACAGAGCUCCCUGUCCCAGCACCCCUGCCCCGUUUUGGCCAGGCUGGUUUGGGGUUAGGAGCCCCUACCCACUUCCUAGGGCUAGGCAGGGUGUACAGCCUUGUCUUAUCCCCCUGGGGGUAACUGCCCUGCUUAGGGAGGGGGGGACAGGGAACCCUUCUGGAGCUGAUUAUUUUUUCUUGGGAGAGCAAUGAGGGUUUUUGUGAUGUCUUGGGAUGCCCACGUGGUGAUGGCUGUGCCCCAGCAUCAGCCUGGCCCUGCUGAGGAGGGAUGCGGUGGUUUGUAUCACUGCCUUCCUCCCCUUGUCCCUGGAGUCAGCAGCCAGCCUCUUCCUCCUCACUCUGGUCACCCUAAACUGUGAGGGGAAGGUGCCUUCAGAGCAGGGUCCCUGCAGGGUGCUGGGAUACAAGCUGGAACCCACAGUGCCUGAUGCCUCAAACCUGGGGCAGGGGAUAAGGAAAGAGCCCAGCAGGGAGUGUUGGGAGAUGGGGCUGGGUGGGCAGAGCUUUUGUCCCAUCCACAUCUCUAGAGGGAAGGAGGAUGCCAUUUGGAAGAGAACACCAAGCCUUGGCUGCCUUGUUAUCUCUGCUCCUUCUCUCUCUGCUGUCCUUCUGCCUGCCCAGGCUGCUGUCUCACUCCUUCACGGACCACUCCUGGGUCAUGCAGCAGGCACUGGCUCUCCUCUUUUGCUGGCCAAGGGUUUGUACACACGCUCACAGCCUGCCUCAUGGUGAUGCCCUGGGCAGGAUGUGCUGGUGAGUGGCCAAGGAAUGGUACCCACCAACAGCACCUGCGCUGCAAAGGGCUCAACCAUGGGCGAGAGGGCACCAUGGGAGGAUGGAGAUGCUGGAGAGUGGGGACCACCUUCAGUGACCAGCCUGGGUGGCCUGGCCACUCUGGCAGGUCCUGGAGCUCAUCCCUGCCGAUGAUGGGGCUGUUCAUGUGGGCUCUGCUCUGCAGGGACACCCCGCUCGGCUGGAGGCUGUCACUGUACUGACAUGUCCAUCUGUGUGCGUGUGUCUGUGCCUGGUGUGGUGUGCGUGGGUCUGUCUGCUCCUGGGUACACUUGGGUUUGUGUCUGUGUGUGUGGCUGGGUGUCCCUUGUAU